CCUUUUCCCCCUCUUCAUCUGAGAGAAGGAGCUGCGGAAUAGCUCCCUUCAUAUUUAUGAGGACUAAGGAUGGGUUCAGUCACUCUGCACAGAGCAUUUGCCCUCUGAAGCCGAGUUUGACAAAACUGCAAUCAGAAAAUAAAGAAGUUUUUAGCACUCUUACCUGGGAAUAUCUCUUUGCGUUCUCAAAAGCACAAUUAUUACACGGAAGAUGAGCAACAUCUAUGAGUCAGCAGCCAACACCCUGGGCAUCGUCAACAGCCCAUGCCUGACCAAGGUGGAGCUGCGAGUGGCCUGUAAGGGAAUCUCCGACCGGGACGCCCUGUCCAAGCCUGACCCCUGUGUGGUUCUCAAGAUGCAGUCACACGGCCAGUGGUUUGAGGUGGACCGGACAGAGGUGAUCCGCAGCAGCAUAAACCCGGUGUUCUCCAAGGUCUUCACGGUGGACUACUACUUCGAGGAGGUUCAGAGGCUGCGUUAUGAGCUGCAUGACAUCAGCAACAGUCACAAUGGUCUGAAGGAGGCCGACUUCCUGGGGGCCAUGGAGUGCACUCUGGGUCAGAUCGUGUCCCAGAGGAAGCUCACGAAAGCCUUGCUAAAGCAGGGGAACACUGCAGGGAAGUCCUCCAUCACUGUGACCGCAGAGGAGUUAUCUGGCAAUGACGACUACGUCGAGCUUGGUUUCAGUGCAAGAAAACUGGAUGACAAGGACUUCUUCAGCAAAUCGGAUCCAUUUUUAGAAAUAUUCAGGAUAAAUGAUGACUCCACUGCCUCCCUGGUCCACAGGACUGAGACCGUCAUGAACAACCUCAGCCCAGUCUGGAAAACGUUCAAAGUCUCAUUUAACACUCUGUGCAGUGGAAACCACGACCGCGAGCUGAAGUGUACUGUAUGGGACUGGGACUCCAACGGAAAGCAUGACUUCAUUGGGGAAUUCCAGACGACUUUCAAAGAGAUAAGAGGAGCACUGGAUGGACGGCAGAUCCAGUGGGAGUGUAUAAAUCCAAAAUAUCAGGUCAAGAAGAAGAAUUACAGGAACUCUGGUGUCGUUAUCCUCAACCAGUGCAAGAUCAUCAAGAUGCACUCCUUCCUCGAUUACAUCAUGGGCGGCUGUCAGAUCCAGUUUACGGUAGCCAUCGAUUUCACGGCCUCUAAUGGGGACCCUCGAAACAGCUGCUCUCUGCACUACAUCCACCCAUACCAGCCCAACGAGUAUCUAAAGGCCCUGGUCGCCGUCGGCGAGAUCUGCCAGGACUAUGACAGUGACAAAAUGUUCCCCGCCUUUGGGUUUGGAGCGCAGAUACCACCUGACUUCAAGGUCUCCCACGAUUUUGCCAUCAACUUCGACGAAGACAACCCGGAAUGUGCCGGCAUACAGGGUGUCGUGGAGGCCUAUCAGAACUGCCUGCCCAAGAUCCAGCUGUACGGCCCCACCAACAUCGCCCCCAUCAUCCAGAAGGUGGCCAGCUCCGCCUCCGAGGAGAUGCACACCAAGGAGGCUAUGGAGUAUUUCAUCCUGCUCAUCCUGACCGACGGCGUCAUCACUGACAUGGCGGACACGCGGGAGGCCAUCGUGCACGCCUCCCACCUGCCCAUGUCGGUCAUCAUCGUGGGCGUGGGCAACGCCGACUUCAGCGACAUGCAGAUGCUGGACGGCGAUGACGGCAUCCUGCGCUCGCCCAAGGGGGAGCCCGUGCUCAGGGACAUCGUGCAGUUCGUGCCCUUCCGCAACUUCAAGCACGCGUCUCCCGCAGCUUUGGCUAAGAGCGUCUUAGCCGAGGUCCCCAACCAGGUGGUGGACUAUUACAACGGCAAGGGAAUCAAGCCGAAGUGUCUCUCCGAUUAUGAACCUUCCAAGACGUUCAGCCCCUAAACUCCACCGCACACGUCUGCAUAGUUCAGAAAUAGCACGUUUUUGUGAUUUUUAUCUAAACGGAUUUUGCAUGUGCUAACCCUCACUACCGUAACACUACUGUACUCCUUAAGAAGUUUGUACAUAGAUAUAAUAAUAAUUAAAUUAAAAAGACUUAUUUACAUAAAAGCAUGCUGAAAACAUAUUUGUUGGAAAACGUGUCAUGUUUGUUUUGGGUUUUUUUACCGGUUUUUUGAGAUUUUGCUAAAUUUCUUAAUAUUCUUAAUGCAUUUUGAACCAAUGCGUAGUUACAUAUAUGUAUUAUAGUUAUCUAAUCUGGAUUAAUUAUUUCUUUCUUUGGCUAAAACGGACACACGGGCUGUAUUUUGCAUGUUAUAAUAAAAGAGAAGCCUUUUGCACA